AUGACGGAUGGCGGUGAAGGCAACGAACUUGCUGCUCUGGAGAAAGUGUUGCUCGACGAAAGUGCGGAUCCUGUCGAUCUGCCUUUCUCGCUUCUCAAGGCAAUCACAGGAAACUUCUCUGAAGAUAAUAAAAUUGGCAGAGGCGGAUUCGGAGCGGUUUACAAGGGCGUCCUUCCAAGUGGUCAUACCAUUGCAGUGAAGAAGCUCUUUGAGCAAUUCGAGAUACUGGACAAGAAUUUCGCAUGUGAGAUCGCCUGUCUUGUUGGGGUCAAGCACAAGAACACAGUGCGAUUCCUCGGAUAUUGCUCGGAGACGCAACACGUGAUGAGGCUGUAUGAGGGGAGGAGUGUCUGGGCAGACGUGCGCCAGAGGUUGCUCUGCUUCGAGUACCUACCGAAAGGGUGCCUUGCUGACUAUCUCUCCGAUGCAUCGUGUCGACUCCAGUGGACCACAUGUUACCAAAUAAUAAAGGGGAUCUGUGACGGCGUACAUUAUCUUCACCAACAGCGUAUUAUUCACAUGGACCUCAAACCUCAGAAUGUACUAUUGGAUAAUAACAUCGUGCCUAGAAUUGCGGAUUUUGGUCUAUCACGGCUCUUAAGUGGAAGCCAGAGUCGGGCUAUUACUGAUCACAAGCUUGGGACAAUGGGAUAUAUGGCACCAGAAUUCUUCAAUAAUGGAGAAAUCACUUUCAAGACAGACAUUUAUAGUUUGGGUGUUAUAAUCAUGAAGAUCCUUAUGGGACAUAAGGAGAGCUCCAGUGUUAAGGAGGUAGUUGAAAGCUGGGCGGACAUGUUUGGGACAUUAAAUAGUCAUAUAUCAUUGAAACAAGUAAAGGCAUGUGCCGAGAUAGGGAUAGAAUGCACAAACUAUUACCCAGUGAACAGGCCGGCUAUAUGGUUUAUCAUUACAAGGGUCGCCCUCUCCCCGUUCCCUCGCGUCACCCUCUCGAGGGCGACCGGUCUCCCCGUCCGCCUCCCCCCCCUCUCGAUUCGUGCCCUCGCCACCGCCGGAGACGGGCGCCGGGUCCCCCGCGCGGCCGCCGAUGAGGGUGGCGGCGAGGCCCUCGGCCGCGACGCCGCUCGGGCUCGGGCUUAG